CGUAACAGGGUCGUCUUGUUCAAUGUUCAGACACAUUUCCAACCUUACGCUGAUAGGUGUAUCAGUUUUCCUGGUUUAAAUUAUUUGCAACAAUACGUUCUCGGUUGGCAUGUAUUAUUUAAGCAAUUAUUUAUAAAAGCACCAGUGAAUUAUUUAUAAUUUUUACCCACAUAUCAGUAAUUUCAAUUGGAGUUUUUAUCCCACUAAAAACCUUUUUAACCUUUGAAGUUUCUACCAGGAAAAAGAAUGAAGCCCACGACAACUGAGAAGAACUGGAAGUGCGCCUUGUGUUCGAAAAUAUUUGUACGAAAGCAGUAUUUCGAACGUCAUGUCAUCACUCAUGAGACCAACUCGCAAGUUAAAUGUGAGAUUUGCCGUAAAAAAUUAAAGAAUCGCCUCGUCCUCUACACGCACAUGAAGUCUUUUCACAGCAAUAAAGCAAAACAAAGAUGCCAACUUUGCCAUCAAGAAUUUGCCAUGAUCCGGGAACUGCGAGGCCACAUGGAGCGAAGACACACACCGAUAGAAGAAAGGCCACGACUCCACUGCACCUUUUCCGGCUGCCCUAAAACCUUCCUGGCAAAGGGUUACCUUACCAAACACUUUAACCAGCAACACUCCCACAAUCCAGUCCGAUAUCCUUGCACGCUUUGUAAGAAGGAAUUCACGCAAAAACCAAGCCUCGACACCCACAUUGCGACUCAUACGACGGAAAAACGCUUCAAGUGUGCCACGUGCGGGAAGAGUUUCACACAAAAGCAUAGUUUGCAAAUUCAUGAGGUAUGCACCAGCCUUCACUCUCUGCCCGGACCGCUGUAUCUCCCGUCCGACCAAAAUGCCAUAAGACUUUUAACUAUGUGGAACUGCGUACUGCGAGUCACAAGGGGACGUUCACAUAAGGCGUCAUCAAAAAGCGACUUAAAAAGAACUCACCUGGCGAAGGCUGACCGCCCCGUAUUUCCAUGCCGCUUAUGUCCACUCAAUUUCUACUCCGAACGAGGGAUUUGGUACCACGUUAAGACUUAUCACGAUCAGAACCAAUAUUUCUGCAGGAUUUGUGGCAAAAAUCUAAAGAAUGCUGACCGGUUGAAGUAUCACAUGAGAGCCAGCCAUCCCACAAAUGAGGCACCGACUUACUCCUGCCAGUAUUGCGAAUAUCAAAGCAGAAUCAAGCAAAACUUGACAAGCCACGUGGCACGGAUGCACGUGGGUGUGAAGGGAAGGCAAUGCUAUUUUUGCGGGAACAAGUUUUACAAUUUUUCCCAUUUGGCCAGUCACUGUAGCCGGAUUCACACUCUUGAAAAAUAAUUUCACAUUUCAUUCGAUUAGAAAACAAUUGUUAUGUGCUGCACUAGAUUAAAUAAUUAAUAACUUUUAUCUAUUUAUGCAAAUAUAUAGAUUAAUUGAUAAAAUCUACGUUUUUUUUUUGCUUUUCUACGUAUGGAUAUGAUGCGUGGAAUAAAGUGGAUGCUUCUUGUCGUUUGCAGAAAUCGAUUUGCAUAAAGCGUACAGUAUCAUACGGUACGUUUGGAGAUGAAUUUGAUGCUAAAUUCUACAAGUUCUGUCAGUUUAUUCGAUUUAAAACAAAUUAAAAAAUCCGGACUUUGGAGAACUCACAAAAUUUAUGCUCCGUUUUGUACCUUUUGACAACGUAAAAAUGUAUAGAGGGUAAAUUUUGCGAAUUCUCCAAGUCCGGAAUUUUUUAAUUUUGUAAAAAAUAAAAUACACUGACACAACCUUCGAUUUAAUAAUAAUUUGUAAUAAUUCGAUAAUUUUCCAUGAACGAAAAAAUGAUCAAUGUCCAUCAAUUUUAUGGAAUUUUAAAAAUUGUCUCUUACUAUCAAGUUUGGUAAGAUGCAUAAGUAUAUACAUAUUACCGAAAUGAGAAAAUUCUG